UGAAUUAUAUUAUAACAUCGAUUUUCAUAUUAUAUUAUGUAGUAAAAUAACCUUUAAAUUAAUAGUCAUCUAUAAGUAUAUAUGUAUAUAUUUAUCAAAAUUUAAGUAGACAUACAAACGUAGUGAAAAUACGUUAAAUAUUAAUAAAUUUUUAAACAAAUGCAAAAAUUUAAAAAGAAACCCGUAAUUUCAAAAUAGUAAUAUGGCGACAACAAUUUACAAAUUCAAGUAAAUUAUAUCGCAUAUAUCUGUUUAGAAAGAAUUAUGGCUGUUUCAAUCAAUGAAAUUUGUGAAAAUACUAAACUAGCUCGUGAAAUGGCUUUAACUGGAAACUAUGAUACAUCUGGAGUUUAUUAUCAAGGUGUUGUUCAACAAAUUCAUCGGUUACUUGCAAACAUUGCAGAUGCUACCCGAAAAGCUAAAUGGCAACUUGUACAACAUCAAAUUGUUCAAGAAUUUGAAAAAGUAAAAGCAACUUCAAAUACUUUACAACUUUUUAAAGUUGAUACGCAUGGAGAAAGGUUAUUAGGUACUUCGUGCUUAUCAUUUGAAGAGCCUACAAGAGAUCCAACUUUAUGGACUUAUAAUAAUUCAGAUAAUUCAUGGAAUCAAACACCUGCAAGAGAUCCAGAUGUAUGGCCACCUUUAACACCUGCUGAACAAAAAAAUAUUAAACCAUUAAAAAAUCAAUCAAAACAACAAAAUAGAACAAGUAUACGAAAAUCUGUAACUACUGGAAAAAGAUCAGAUACCAAAGCAAUGGUUAAAAAAGAUGAUAGAAAAAUACAAAAAAAAGAUGAUAUAAACAAAGAAAAAUUGGAAACUGAAAAAAUAGAUAUAGAAGUAGAAGAACGUAAAUUUGAACCAUCUGGAAAUGAUAGAGAUUUGGUUGAUUUAUUAGAAAGAGAUAUUGUUCAAAAAAAUCCAAAUAUUCAUUGGGAUGAUAUAGCUGAUUUGCAUGAAGCAAAACGAUUAUUAGAAGAAGCUGUUGUUCUUCCAAUGUGGAUGCCAGAUUUCUUUAAAGGAAUUCGUCGCCCUUGGAAAGGAGUACUUAUGGUUGGUCCACCAGGAACUGGAAAAACAAUGUUAGCAAAAGCUGUAGCUACUGAAUGUGGAACAACUUUUUUUAAUGUAUCAUCUUCUACACUUACUUCAAAAUACAGGGGAGAAUCAGAAAAACUUGUUCGUCUCCUUUUUGAAAUGGCUAGAUUUUAUGCUCCUAGUACUAUCUUCAUUGAUGAAAUUGAUUCUUUAUGCUCUAGAAGAGGAUCUGAAUCUGAACAUGAAGCUUCACGACGAGUAAAAUCUGAACUUUUAGUUCAAAUGGAUGGUAUAAGUUCCAAUAGUGAAGAUCCAAGUAAAGUGGUAAUGGUAUUAGCAGCUACAAAUUUUCCAUGGGAUAUUGAUGAAGCUCUUCGAAGACGAUUGGAAAAACGUAUUUAUAUUCCACUACCAAAUCGUGAAGGUAGAGAAGCAUUAUUGAAAAUUAAUCUACGUGAAGUAAAGGUAGAUUUAUCUGUAAAUUUAGCAGAUAUUGCGAAAAAAUUAGAAGGGUAUUCUGGUGCAGAUAUUACAAAUGUUUGCAGAGAUGCAUCUAUGAUGUCUAUGAGGAAAAAAAUUGCGGGCUUAAAACCUGAUCAAAUCAGACAAUUACCGAAAGAAGAAUUAGAUUUACCUGUAUCUGCUGCAGAUUUUGAUGAAGCUGUUGAAAGAUGUAAUAAGAGCGUUUCUCAAGAAGAUUUAGAAAAAUAUGAAAAAUGGAUGAGUGAAUUUGGUUCUUCUUGAUACCAUUCUACUCAAAAAAUAUAAAUUCACAAAGAGUUUAUUCAAAAAUAUAAUUGCUUAUUUAGAUAGAUAUUGUUAAAAUUUUUUGUUUGUCAUUAUUGACAAACAAAAUAUAUAAGCAUUUUUAAAAAUAUAUUUAUCAAUAUAAUAAUUAUCGAAUUUUUAAAAUGAUAUUCUUCAUUAUAUUAGUAUUAUUAACAACUUAUGUUUUUUUUACUUUUUAAGUUUAAAGAAUAAUACAAAUUCAUAUUGUUUUAAAAAAUCAAAAUUUCUAUUAAAAUUACAUAAUAUAUUAUAUAUAAACAAAAGUUGCAUAAAUUAAAC